AUGUCACCCAGCAAUGAUCACAGGGCUCAGAGCAGCCACAGGUACAGCCAGCUGGCAUCAACCAUUGACAACUCCAGCCUCCCCGGGGCCUCACUGCCUGCCCAGGACCAGCCCCACAACAUCCCCCACUGGCUGCAGGACCCACAUCUAGCCCACAAGGAGGCAGGCCUCAGGGGUCCCCAGGCAGAGGAAGAAAACUAUUCUUGGUCCUCGGAUAGACCGACGUCCACCAUGACAUUCAAUUCUGACCAGAAGAUGCCUGCUGAAGAUGGUUCUGGAGACACUGGGAACACCAUCUACACUAGUCCCUCCCCUUCCCAGCCUGGUGCCUUUCAGAAAAAGCCCUUCACCACCUACUUUGAUGAGAAGAUCGCUGUUCCUGAGGAGGAGUAUUCUUGUUUUAGCUUCCGCAAACUCUGGGCCUUCACGGGGCCGGGCUUUCUCAUGAGCAUUGCUUACCUGGAUCCAGGGAACAUUGAGUCUGAUCUGCAGUCUGGAGGAGUGGCCGGAUUUAAGCUGCUCUGGGUUCUCCUCCUGGCCACCAUCGCGGGGCUCCUGCUGCAGCGACUGGCAGCCAGACUGGGAGUGGUCACAGGUCUGCAUCUUGCUGAAGUAUGUCAUCGGCAGUAUCCCAAGGUCCCCCGAAUUAUCCUGUGGCUCAUGGUGGAGAUGGCCAUCAUAGGCUCAGAUAUGCAAGAAGUCAUAGGUUCAGCCAUUGCCAUCAAUCUCCUGUCUGCUGGGAGGGUUCCCCUGUGGGGCGGAGUUCUCAUCACUAUAGCAGACACCUUCGUAUUUCUCUUUCUGGACAAAUAUGGUUUGCGGAAACUGGAAGCAUUUUUUGGCUUUCUCAUCACUCUCAUGGGCCUCACCUUUGGAUAUGAAUAUAUUACAGUGGGACCCAGCCAGACUGAGGUGCUGAGGGGCCUGUUCGUCCCCUCUUGUUCAGGCUGUGGCACUGCUCAGGUCGAGAAGGCUGUGGGCCUCGUGGGUGCUGUUAUCAUGCCACACAACAUGUAUCUGCACUCAGCACUCGUCAAGUCUAGACAGGUGGACAGGUCCAAGAAGCGAGAGAUUCAAGAAGCCAACAAGUACUUUUUCAUUGAGUCCUGCAUUGUUCUUUUCAUCUCCUUCAUCAUCAACGUCUUUGUUAUCUCUGUCUUUGCUGAGGCCUUUUAUGGACGAAGCAACAUGGAAGUGCAUGAAAUCUGUGCCAAUAAGAGCAGUCCUCACAGUGACCUCUUCCCUCAAGACAACAGCACUCUGACAGUGGACCUCUACAAGGGGGGGGUGGUUCUGGGCUGCUACUUUGGGCCUGCGGCUCUCUACAUCUGGGCCGUGGGGAUCCUGGCUGCAGGACAGAGCUCUACCAUGGCGGGGACCUAUUCUGGCCAGUUUGUCAUGGAGGGAUUCCUGAAUCUAAGAUGGCCACGGUCUGCCCGAGUGAUUCUGACUCGGUCCAUCGCCAUCAUCCCAACUCUGCUGGUCUCAGCCUUCCAGGAUGUGGAGCACCUGACAGGGAUGAAUGACUUCCUGAAUGUGCUGCAGAGCUUACAGCUUCCUUUUGCUCUCAUCCCCCUCCUCACAUUUACCAGCCUCCGGCCAGUGAUGAACGACUUUGCCAAUGGAUUGGAUUUUCGGGGAAAGGCUGUCAGUGACCCAGAACAGGAGAAGGUGAUCAGCCAGAGGAGCUGUUCCCAGAACCAGCAUGACAGCACAUGGCCGAAGAAGAUGACAGCAAUAGCCGAGGACCCAGAAGUCAGCCUACUGCAUCAUGGGACUUGGAGUCCUCGGACCUAA